CCCAGCUGGUCGACGCCUGAUGGCAUUCCUCCAAAGCUCUGCCAUCAUAUACACACGGACAAUCCAUGUUUGCAGCGCGGCGCCAGUCGCUCCUUGACAAAGUCGAGUGGAGACCCGAGCAUCAUGGGGGGCGCUAUUUCAUCGAAACAACUGAUGAACCAGGCAGGCUUCGACACGGGCAUCUCAUGGACGAAGAGAUCCGUGACUGGGUUCUAGCAAAUUCUUGUUCAGCGGAGUCUCCUCCACCAAAAACGAAAUCAGGCGGCUUUCGGCUCCUACUGUGCGACUUACCAAGACUGCAAGAUGAAAUAUCACAGGUUCGAACGCCCCAUAUGAGCAGGGAUUCAUUCCUCAUCACGGAAGAAGCUUUCCUGCUUCCCGGUGCGACGCUCCAGGCAUUGUUUGACCUGGAGGGCGUGUAUUCGCGAUUCACAGAGUGCGACACCGCUACUGGCAAGGUCAAGUAUCUUAGGAUCCUCAUUCAAGGACGCCGGAAACUUGGGGUGGCACAUUGCACAUUGUCUCUGUGUCACAACAGUGACACAGGAUGGACUUAUGGCUUACUCUGUGGCGAGGGAGUCAUCGAACCAGUCGAAAUCAUGAACUCUAGACCUCUCAUGCCUGGUUUACUGAACUUACUGAACCCAUGUCUCCCUCUCAAAUCCGAUCCUCUCCUUAUCCCUACCAUGCUGCUAAAGAUAUACACCGAACGUAUCCAGCUCUUCUUAAGGAAGCAGAUCUUUCAGUUGGAUGAGCUAGAGGACGCGAUCGGGGUGACUCGUCCCGGCCGAGUUACAAAAUCUCGUUCGCUUAAGAACUGGCCCAACGAUAUCGACAUAAAAAAAAUGACGGUCGGACUACAUUCGACUGCCUGCGAACUCUACUACUUGAACCGAACCUGUCUCUGGACUCACGACUGCCUUGAAUUCCUUCACACAUUGGCUGCAGAGUGUUCUGACUACAUUAACAGACACCCGGCAAGAUUCCUCGAAAUACGGCAGGGAAUUGAAUUUGAGACCACGAGGAUGAAAUGGAUAGCCGGUACUCUCGACACGAGCAAAGAAAGAGUGGAGGCACAGCUUAGCGUUUUGUAUUCUGCAACAAGUCAGAGAGAAAACGCGAUCGCCCUCAACUACAGCCGAAUGGCGCAAGAGCAGAACGAAAUCUCCCUCCGAGAUGUGCACAUGAACACCCGCAUUGCCACGUCGACUAAACAGGACAGCAUUGCGAUGACAACCUUCACCUUCAUCGCAGCUCUCUUCCUGCCGGGGACAUACGUCGCGUCGCUCUUCAGCAUGAGUAUGUUCGAUUGGCUGCCUUCGGAAGGGAAUGGUAGCGGUUCACCAAGGGUGUCGGCCGACUUCUACAUAUAUUGGUGCAUCACAAUCCCAUUGACGCUGUUGGUCAUGGCAGGAUGGUACUUGUGGUAUAGAAGGGCGGAUCAAGCUUGGAAGAAGGAGACUGGAUACAGCCUGAAUGACAAUACUGGUGCAAAUAGGCCCAUAGAGGUGGAAGUAAAGGCCGAUCGAUAACGUGCCAGUGCUAGGGACGAGGCUCGCAGGUAAAGGGGAGCCGGGUACUCCCGUCCUACAUGCUUGAAUUAUUCCCUGCGUUGGAUUCUAUUGCUGGUGUGGAAGCAGGUGGGAAGUUGAGGGAUGGUCAAACAAGUGGACGAAAGCUGGACGAAAGUCGGAGGUGUGAGGGAGGAAACUAUUAGCACACCCCUACAUGAAGUUCAGGUUCCUUUGCCAGCGCAAUUCAAG